AUGGCACAUCCCACACAACUAGGAUUCCAAGACGCGGCAUCACCCGUUAUAGAAGAGCUUCUUCACUUCCAUGAUCACGCACUAAUAAUUGUAUUUUUAAUUAGCACCCUCGUACUAUACAUUAUUGUUGCCAUAGUCUCCACAAAGUUAACUAAUAAAUAUAUCUUAGAUUCCCAAGAAAUUGAAAUUGUAUGAACUGUUUUACCAGCUGUAAUUCUUGUUUUAAUUGCCCUACCCUCACUUCGAAUUCUGUAUCUUAUAGACGAGAUUAAUGAUCCCCAUUUAACCAUCAAAGCUAUAGGUCACCAAUGAUAUUGAAGUUAUGAAUAUACUGACUAUGAAGACCUAGGCUUUGAUUUAUACAUGAUUCCAACUCAAGACCUCCCCCCUGGACAAUUCCGGCUUCUUGAGACAGACCAUCGAAUAGUAGUUCCAAUGGAAUCCCCCAUCCGUGUCCUAAUCUCUGCUGAAGAUGUGCUCCACUCCUGAGCUGUUCCAUCUCUUGGGAUUAAACUAGACGGUGUUCCUGGGCGCCUAAACCAAACUGCCUUCAUUGCCUCCCGCCCUGGAGUAUUUUAUGGACAAUGUUCCGAAAUCUGUGGAGCUAAUCACAGCUUCAUACCCAUUGUUGUAGAGGCUGUUCCACUUGAGCACUUUGAACACUGAUCCUCGCUUAUACUAGAAGACGCCU